AUGUCUUCGCUUUCAUCAGCCAUGGAAGAGCUACUUGAAGCCAUCCAAGAACAUCUGCUUUUGGUCACUCUCACAGUCGUUCUGUUGAUCGCUGUUCGAAACAAGUUUCAGUCAGGCCUGACCUCAAUUCCUGGGCCUCCAGUAGCAGCAUAUACCAAGCUAUGGCGUCUUCACAAUGUCUGGAAAGGGUCUGCUCACCUGGACGCUAUCAAGCUACACAAGAAGUACGGCAAUCUGGUCAGAAUUGCACCUAAUGUUGUUUCGGUGGCAGACCCGAAGUGGAUUCCCGUGUUCUACGGGGCGAAGGAGGAUUAUACCAAGACUGCGUUCUACCCCAUCCAGUCCAUUUCCUGGAAGAAACGAGUUGAGCUGAACUUGUUCUCAACACGAGAUCCCGAACAUCACCGAAGCGAAAAGCGAAAGGUCGGCACUGCAUACUCGUUGUCAAAGCUGCUAGAGAGCGAGGAGGCAAUUGACAGUUGUAUUGAGCUUUUCAUGGAUAAGCUUGGUGCAUUUGCGAAUAAAGAUAAGCCAGUGGACUUGGGUGUUUGGUUGCAGUACUAUGCAUUUGAUGUUGUGGGAGAAGUCACGUUUGCCCGUAAACUAGGCUUUCUUGAGCAGGGGAAAGACGUCGAUGGCAUGAUACAAGCUAUUGAGGGAAUGCUGACAUAUGCAAGCCUGUGUGGACAAGUACCUGAGCUACAUGGUCUGCUACUGGGCAAUCCACUCUUCACCAAAGUAAUGCCAGCUAUGGAGACAUGGAACCAGGUUCUCGUCUUCACAUUGAAAGCGAUCAACAAUCGAGCGAGUAUCCAACACGAUGGAGAACUCAUCAAUGCUGACCACGAAGGGCGGGAUAUGUUGAGCAGAUGGGCACAUGUGAAAAGCUCCAACCCGGACAAAAUGAGCACGAGGGAUAUUGUCGUUCAUUUAUCGGGAAAUGUCUUUGCUGGAUCUGACACAACAGCAAUUGAAUUGCGAGCUGCGAUAUACUUCCUCUGUCGGAAUCCAGAUUGCAUGCACAGACUCGUCAGUGACAUCGAUGCGGCGGACCGAGAAGGGAAAUUGAGUAAGCCGAUUUCGUACAAGGAGGCUUGCGAACUGCCGUACUUGUAUGGUGUGCUGAAAGAGAGUAUGAGACUGCACUCGAGUGUUGGAUUGCUGAUGGAGAGACAUGUUCCCAAGCAAGGAGUUGAGAUCGAUGGUCAUUAUUUGAAGGGAGGCACCAUCGUUGGGAUCAAUCCGUGGGUCACCAACCACAACGAAGGCGUCUUCCCUCAGGCGACCUCAUUCAAACCGGAGCGAUGGACGGAGGCUCCAGGAGAACAAUUGAGAGAAAUGGAUAACUUAUGGGAACUCAACUUUGGAGGAGGCUCUAGGAAGUGCAUUGGAAGACACAUUUCCUGGAUCGAAAUGACGAAGGUAAUUCCUGAGCUUCUUCGACGAUAUGAUGUCGAGCUGACCCACCCUGAGAAAGAAUGGCGUGUCGUCAAUCACUGGUUCACACAGCAAGAAGGACUGAUCUGCAACCUCAUCAAACGCAGGGAAAGGUGA